CCUGGGGCGAUUCCUGCGGGAGCCCCGUCGGCGCGGCGGCUCCUCCUCCUCCUCUUUCUCUGCCCCAUCCGUCCCGCCCGCCCCGUCCUGCUCCGCUUGCUUCUCUCUGGCCCAGAGGAGGAGGAGGAGGAGGAGGAGGAGGAGGAGGAAGCCGCGGCGGCUCCUUGAACACGCCCGAGUUCAGCUCGGGGUCAGGCGGAGUUCGCGGCCCGGCCUUUACCUUUUCCGCCGCCGCCGCCGCGCUCCCGGCACAUGGGGCUCAAGCGCAGCAGCAGCAGCAGCAGCAAGAGCGAGCAGCGGCGGCCAAGAGGUCUGAGGCGCCGGUGAGGGGCGGGCGCCGCCGCCGCCACGGCAGUAGCGCAGCCCGCUAAGCCAUGCGCGUCCACACGGACCUCGCCUGCCUGGCUGACUCGACGGGGCUCCCGGGAGAGCGCGGCGCAGCGAUGCUGGACGCCUCGUCGGAGUCGGCGGGCCACUCCCGGCAGCUGCUGCUGCAGCUCAACGCGCAGCGCACCAAGGGCUUCCUGUGCGACGUGAUCCUGGUGGUGCAGAACGCGCUCUUCCGCGCGCACAAGAACGUGCUGGCGGCCAGCAGCGCCUACCUCAAGGCCCUGGUGGUCCACGACAACCUCAUCAACCUGGACCAGGAGAUGGUCAGCCCGGGCGUCUUCCGCGCCGUCCUCGACUUCAUCUACACGGGCCGCCUGGGCGACUCUGACGGCGGCGGCGGCGGCGGCGGAGAGGGAGAGCCCAGCCUGGGCGCCGUGCUGGCCGCCGCGAGCUACCUGCAGAUCCCAGACUUGGUGGCCUUGUGCAAGAAGAAGCUCAAGCGCUCGGGCAAGUACUGCCAGCUCCGCGGCGGCUACUCGCCCUUCGGCAAGCUGGCGCGCGGCCUGCGCGCAGCCACGCCCGUCAUCCAGAGCUGCUACGCGCCCCCGGGGCUGCCGCCGCGCCCCUCCGAGCCGCUCAGCACCCACUGCGGGGAGCUGUACGCCGCAGCCUCCGCGCACCCUCAUGGGGCCGGUCUGUGCCCCCCCGAGCGCCUCUGCUCCCCACUCUGCGGCCUCGACCUCUCCAAAAAGAGCCCCAACGGGCCCUCGCCGCAGCUGCCCGCCCCGCCGCCGCCGCCGCCGGAGAGCCGCCUGCGCGCCACCAUGGAGGGUCGCGAGAACGCCAGGCCCGAGAGCCCCGCCUUGCUGCCCAACCACUCGGCCUUCGGGGAGGCGGCCCCUUCGCAGCUGCAGGCGCCCUUCCACCACCUCCUGCACCACCACCGCGGAGGCAGCCCCGGGUCGGAGCCGUCGGGGCGCGCCGGCGAGGUGGCGCCGCCGGAGUUCUUCUACCGCUGGAUGAAGCACGAGCCGCUGGUGGGCGGCUACGUGGAGGACGACGAGGACGACGACGACGAGGGCGGGGGCGAUUGCCGGGGAGGGCGGCGGGACAAGGAGGGCGAGCUGGACCACAAGCCCGAGUCGCCCUCCUCGCAGGAGCAGCCGCCGCGGCGCUACCCGAGCCUGGAGAGCGGCGGUGCAGGCGAGCCCGACGGGGAGGACCUGGAGAACGACAAGAGCACUAGCGAGGAGACGGGCUGCAGCAGCGGAGGGCCUUCCCCGGCCGGCGGCAGCCUGGAGCGCUACCUGGGCUACGAGCCGGAGAGCUUCGGCGGCGACAACCUGUACGUGUGCAUCCCCUGCGGGAAGGGCUUCCCGUCAUCGGAGCAGCUGAACGCGCACGUCGAGGCGCACAACGAGGAAGAGGAGCUGUACCGCAAGGAGGCCGCCGAGGCGGCCGCCGCCGCCGGGCAAGGUUCUCCUUUUCUGGACAAACCUCUUCCGCCGUCGUCGCUGCCGCAGCAGCAGGGGCCUCCGCCACCGCCGGUGCCGUCGGGGGCGUGCGACCUGCUGCGCCCUUACCGCUGCUCGUCGUGCGACAAGGCCUACAAGGACCCGGCCACGCUGCGGCAGCACGAGAAGACGCACUGGCUGACGCGGCCCUACCCCUGCUCCAUCUGCGGCAAGAAGUUCACGCAGCGCGGCACCAUGACCCGCCACAUGCGGAGCCACCUGGGCCUCAAGCCCUUCGCGUGCGAGGCGUGCGGGAUGCGCUUCACGCGCCAGUACCGCCUGACGGAGCACAUGCGCAUCCACUCCGGAGAGAAGCCCUACGAGUGCCAGGUGUGCGGCGGCAAGUUCGCCCAGCAGAGGAACCUGCUCAGCCACAUGAAGAUGCACGCGGCGGCGGCGGCGGCGGCUGCAGCGGCGGCGGCGGCGGGCCCCGACGGCAAGCUCAAGCUGGACUUCCCCGAGGGCGUGCUGGCCAUGGCGCGCCUGGCGCAGCAGCAGCAGCACGACAAGGAGCUGCUCAGCCACACCUCGCACUUCCUGGCCGCCGCCGCCGACCCCAAGGCCGCCAUGGAGGGCCUCUACCUCGGGCUCAGCCCCGACAAGGCGGCCGAGGUGCUCGCCCAGGGAGCCGCCGCCGCCGCUGCAGCUGCCGCCGCCGCCGCCGCCCACCUGCACAACGACCACCACGCCCGGACCAUAGAGCGCUUUUCACCCCCCUGACGACCCCCGCAGCACCCCCCUCCACGCUCUCCCGCUCUCCCUCCACGGACCGGGGCUUGUGGGGGAGGGAAGGGGGAUCCCCUAAGUUGUUUGGGGUGUGAGAGUGCCUUUGUGUUCUGCCCGGGAGAGGGGGUGACUCUUGCCCCCACUGCGAGGGAAAGGACAGCUUUCUCCCCAAAAGUGACCGGCGCAGCCCCCCCCAAGGGAACAGUUCAGCCCCCUCUUAUUUGUGACGAGGGAGGGGACGUCAUGGAGUCGUCGUCCUCUCCCCCCAACCUCUCGUGAAGCCAGAGCUCACCCCUCUCUCUGUUCUCUAUUUCUGUUCUCUGCCAAGCUGUGGAGCUGCCCCCAAAGCGGAAUUGUGAAUUUGUCCCUAGCUCAGAUACACGCCCCCCCCGUAGAGUUGGAAGGACCCAAAGAUUCAUCGAGUCCAGCCUCAUUGCUGGUUUUUCCUUUUUGUGGGGAGGGUGAGAAUAGUCUCCCCCUCCCAAUGGCCUCUGUCACCUGUCACCUGAUCUCGCCAUUGGGCAAAAGGAGUCCUGUUGGGGCCUGACAGCCUCUGCAAGUCUCAGUGCUCUACCAGAAAGGAGCCUCGCAGGGGUGGAAAACUAGCGCAGCAGGGAAAAGGGCUUUCUCCUAGUUUUCUAUGUGCAGGGAGAUUAUAAUCUGACACGCUUGUGGGUUUUUUUGGGUGGCCUAGAAAUGUUCCCCCCACCCUUAAAUUUGAAGUGGUGCAAUUCAGAAUGAUAUCCCAGCUUUUUUUUUUUGGGAAAUAUGGAAGAGCUCUCUCCUCAAGGAGAGAAGGGAAUCUUGCCUGCCCAAACUGCAAAAGAGCUGCAGUUGUCUGAUUUGUAGGGAUCUGCUCAGGAAAGGGGCCUUGGUGCAAUUCUCAGGAAUUGGGACAUGUGGGUUGUUUUUUUUACAAACCCUAACUCCAGCUCUUAAAAGCUUUAACAACAAAGCAACAAUCAGUGAUGCUUUCCCCCCACCCUUGAGUGCCCAGGGUUUUGAGUUGGAAGGAAAAGAAGCAGGCUAAUAAAGUCUAUCCAGAGAGCACCUUGAGGACUGCCCCCCCCCUUGCUAGGGAGGUCAGGCCUGUGUGUCAUGGGCCUGAUCCCACCAACUCCAUUCCUCCUUCCCUUUCAGGAGUCAAACCUUGAGGCUGCCCUCUGGCCCUGCCAGAAAUGGCCAGGAGGUUGUGCUCCUGACUGCCUCUCCCUCUGCCCCCAAGCUUUUCCUGUGGGGCAGACCCACAUUUCUACCUGCCUAUCUUGACGCACUGAAUUGUCAUCCUAUGCCUUCAAACCGCCACACCUGUUGAUUUUCUGCCUGUCACAAUGGGUGACAGGCAGGACAACAGGCAAGGAAGCCUUAAAUCUUGGCAUGGGACCCAACCCCUUCGGGUUCAAGGUUUACACAGAGCUCCACAAUGUGCCUUCCUGCAGAACUAGGGAGUGAGAAACUCCUGGCUCUGCAGAUGUCGCUGGACACCCAACUCCCCUCAUCCCUUUCCAGGCUGGCUGCUGUGCAGUGACUUUGGGAAGGUGGUGAAGCUCCCAGUGCAGCCUGGCUCACUGGCACCAGCUGAGCACGAGUCCAAGUGUCCAGAAGUUUUUCCCACAAAUCCUGUGUGGUGACUGUGGGGGCAGAGCAAGGGGCGCGAUGUCCUUAAGUUUCCUGCAUCCCUUUUGCCACAGAGGCAACAGGUGAGUGGAUGCCCUGGGCCUCACCUGAGCAAGCACUUAACUCUCCCCUCAACCUCUUUUGCAAUGUGAAUAGGAGAGGGGGCCCUCACUCCCCCUUCUCCCCCUACUAAAGACUCCACACGGCUGUGACCAAGGGGUGGCGAUGGGGUGUGUGUGUUCCUUCUUACAAUGGGGUCCCUCUCCCUUUGAAUCAGCUCCAUCCCAGUCUUCCAACCCCAAGUCCCAUCUUCCACUUUCUCACUUUGAGCCAAAGAUUAUUUUGGGGUAUUUGUGUGUGGUUUGGGGGGUGCCCUCCUUCUCCCUGCUUGUCCCUCCUCCCCAAGGACUGUUUGACAAAGACAAAACACCCCCCAGAUUGUCAGCUCUGUUGGGGGUGGGAUGGACAUCCCCACGGCAGCCUCUUCCAUCUUCGGGGUGAAAGAGGGCAACCCAAGCUUUGACCAGUGCACGUAUUGCCAGACUCUCUUUGCACUUAUGGGGAGAGGGUGGGGUGGGGGCUGUGGGGCAAGAUGUGCCCUUUGCCUUCAGGCCCUGCCAGAGCAGUUGCCCCCCCUUUCCCUCCAACUCUUUUUUAACCAAAGGUCAGGUUAAGAUGUGAAUCUUCCUUUUACCUCUUUUUGCACACACAACCUCCCCCCUGCCCCCCCCAAGCGUGGGGCUGGGCCUUCUUCGUCUGAGCCAGCUGCCCCCCAACCCACCCACCCUGCCAAGCCCUGGGAGGACACAGCAAGACACCCCCCAACACAAAGUAUUCAAAAGGGGGGGGCAGCCUGCUGUGCCCACCGUAGCAUUUUGUACAUGGGAUGUGCCUUUUCCCCUUUCGUUUUAUACCGGAAAUAAAAAAAAUAAACAUGGAGAAAAAAAACUCAA